AUGAAGAAAAAAGUGGACAGUAGGAUAAAAACUUUAGUAGAGAACAACUUGACUCUAGGUCAGAGAAGUAUGUUCUUAGUUGUAGGUGACCAGGGGAAAAACGUAGUAGUAAAUUUUCAUUUUCUUCUAAACCGAUUAGUAAGGAAAACACAUAACAUACUAUGGUGCUACAAGAAAAAAUUAGAUUUUUCUACUAGUAAAAAAAAAAGGUUCCGUGAAAUGAAAAAAAAAAUAAAAAAAGGGAUAUUCGAUUCAACAGUUGAUAACAAUUUUGAUGCGUUCAUAAACAAUGCAAAUAUUAAUUAUUGUUUUUAUAAAGAUACACAAAAAGUUUUAGGAAAAACAUUUUCUCUAUGUGUGCUACAAGAUUUUUCAUAUAUAACACCAAAUAUUUUAUGCAGGUGUAUUGAAACCGUAAUAGGUGGAGGCAUAAUAAUUUUUCUAAUAAACAAACUAGACGAACUAAGAGAUAUAUAUAACUUAACAUUGAAUUACCAUAAGAAAUAUAUGAUGAAUGGAGUAUGUAACGUGUACAAUAAUUAUAUUCAUCGCUUUUUUCUUUCUCUAAAUAAAUGUAAAAAUGCAAUGUUUAUUGAUGACGAGAUGAACAUUCUGCCCCUUAACGAUAAUCAUUUGCAUGUUAAGAAACUUUCUACGGAUCUGUCUUCUGGGAGUAAGUGUGCGGGUGAAGGAGCAGCUUCAGGGAUAGAUUCAGAUGUGGAAAACAACGGAUGCCACAAGCAUAGCACAACGAAAGGAAAAAGAAGAAACGAAAGAGAGAGUUCGAACGUGGGGUCAGCCACUCUGGGAGGGUUCCUUUGCCCAGAUAAAAAGGAACUCCAGGAAAAGAUACUCAUGUUACAAAGUAUAUGUGAGGAAAACGAAAGGAAGAAAGAGGAAAGACAAAUUUUUCUCUAUUCGUCCAAGUUUUACAAUACCGAGAAGGGAACAAGCGGCUGGGUGGACAGGCAACACGUGCAAACUGCAAGUGACGAAGAGGACUCAACCGCAGCAACUACAGCAGCCAAUAACACAAUCAAUGCCGCAUCCACUGAUGCUAACCGCGCAGAUGCUAGGAACGUAUACGGGUUCUUGGAUCGAAAUGUAAUGAACGUGCUUCGCCUGUCCCUGAGCAUAGACCAGCUGGAUGUGCUUCUGAGCAUGUGUAAGAUAUUACGGAAUGAUGAAGAGAAGAAAAAGAAGAUAAAGGAAAUUCUGUUUAGUCUUUUAGCAAAUCGAGGAAGAGGAAAAUCGGCUACACUUGGACUGCUACUAUCUUUAAGUAUUUAUUUUAAUUAUAGUAAUAUAAUAAUAUGCUCAGGAAAUAAUGAUGGAGUUCAUACUAUAUAUGAAUUUUUAGAUAAGGGUCUAAAUAUCUUAGGAUUCAAAGAAUUUAAAGACUAUGAAAAGGUAUAUGUGUGUGGUAAAAUAAAAGAAAUAAUAAUUUUUAAAAAUAUAAAAUAUAUAAAACAAAGAAUUCAUUACUGUGAUAUAAUAGAAGAGGAUAUAUUGAACUGUGAAUUGAUGAUAAUAGAUGAAGCAGCAUGUAUUCCUAUUGAUGUAUUAAGAAAUAAAAUAAAAGGAGAAAUAACAAUUUUAUCUACAACAUUGAAUGGUUAUGAAGGUACUGGAAAAACGUUUACAUUUAAAUUAUUAAAACAAUUGAAAAAAAAAUAUAUUACACAAUUAACAUAUGAAGAAUUUAAGGAAAUGAGUUAUAUUUAUUUUGAUAAAGCAUUUAUAGAGAUAAGUUUAAAUAACCCCAUUAGAUAUAGUUACAAUGAUGAAGUAGAGAUAUGGUUAAAUAAUUUUUUAUGUCUAAAUUGCAAUGAGACAGAUAAUUUAAAAGAUAAUUUGUGUUCUCCUUCAAAUUGUCAACUAUAUUAUGUUAAUAAGAAUAUUUUUAAAAAUUAUAAUAAAAGUAGUGAAAUUUUAUUAAAAAAAAUUAUGACCCUAUUUGUAACUUCUCAUUAUAAAAAUACUCCAAAUGAUUUAAUCAUGUUACUUGAUUCGAAGCAACAUCAUCUGUUCAUUCUGAUAAACAAUAAGAAUGUCGAUAUGUUAGUAGACAACGUGGACGAAAUAGACAUAUAUGCUGCUCUCCACUGUGCAAUAGAUGGUAUAAUUGAUCCGACAAACAUGAACAAGGUUGUACGUCUAGAGGAUAUCUAUCAUUUGGUUAAGCAAAAUAAGGAAGCAUCCAAUGGUUCUCUCACGCAAAACGAUACUACACGGGGGAGAGGAGCACGACCAAGCGAAAUUCUUUCAAAUGAGUUAGAAUUAGAAUUAGAACGAGCACAGGUUAGAACUGAUUACAAGAAAAAUGUAUUAUUAUCACGUAGCGUUGAUGAGAGAAAGAAAGAAAACGCAGUACAAUGUGAUAAUAGUAAUGGUAGUCAUAUUAAUAGUAAUAAUAGUAAUGGUAACAGUAAUUGUAAUCGCAAUAAUCCCGUCAGAGAACUGAACACGGAGUUUGAGGGAAAUUUAAUACCAUAUAUUAUUAGCGACUAUUUUAACUAUUACUUUUAUAAUUACAUUGGCAUCCGAAUAGUGCGCAUAUCUGUUCAUCCGUCCGUGCAAAAUUUGAAUUAUGGAUCCGAAUUUUUAAAAAGGAUAUCUGAAUAUUAUAGCCUGUACAAUUCGAAAGAGAGAACAAAAAGCAGAAUGUAUAAAGAUAAUAUAAUUUUAUAUAACUGUAAAGGAGAUAACAUUUUUUUUGAUGAAAAAUUAAAAAAAAUUGAUUAUAUUGGUACAUGUUUUGGAUUAACAAAAGGAUUACUAAUGUUUUGGCAAAAAAAUAAAUUUAUACCCAUAUUUUUGAAACAGCAAAAAAAUGAAAUAACAGGAGAAUAUAGCAUUUUAAUGGUUAAACAUAUCAAUAAACAAUUGGAAAAUGUGUUUAUAAAUUUUUACUUAGAUUUUGUUAGAAGUUUGCGUAAUUUGUUAUCCUUUGCAUUCAGAAAGCUGGAAGUCUUUAUUGUUUUUAAUUUGCUGCAUUACAAUUCCUCAUUGUUAUCAAACCAUCACGAAUGUCAUCAGCAUACCCUUUUGAAGAAUGAGUACAAUAAUGCACUUGAUCCAAACGAUAACAAUGAUCACUGUUCUUUUUACGAUGAUACUAAUUGUUUAAAUGAAGAAAACAUUUUUUACUUCUUUCACCAGAAUGAUAUAUGUCGACUGAGGAGAUAUGUCAAUGAGGGUAGAAACUUCUACGAAAUCCUAUAUUUAAUGACAACCAUAGCCACCUUAAUCCUAUUUAAGAAGGUACAUAUCGAUCUGAGCUUUUUGGAGUACACUGUCUUAUAUGCCGUAUCCUUUCAACACAAAACGUGUAAAGAAAUUGCAGAUGAGAUUAGUGUAAAUGUGAACCAAGUCAAUGCCAUAUUUAGGAAAAUCGUGCACCGAUUUUACUCCUUCGUGAAGGACAUAAUGGAAAAACAAAUAGAAAAAGAAGUGAAUGAACAACUUAACGAGCAACUAAAAAAAAAGAAGAAAAAACGCUCCUUAAAUGGGCAUCUGUCAUCUGAUGCAUAUGUGGACGAACUGAAGAAAGAAUCUAUAACCUUUAAAAAGAAACACAAAAAGGAAAAACAGGCCCUUAUGAAGGAGUUGAAUUUAUCGGGAUAUAUCAAAAGAAAACAAAUUAAUGUAAAGACAAAUGAUCACGCGAAUGUUAAUAAACAUAAAUUGCACAGCUGA